AUGGCCCCCGUUUCUCCAGAGACGGGGUUUUUUGCUGCCCCCUAUAGUCCCUCGGUUUACUCAGGUUUUGGGGUGUUUCCAAGCUUCCAAGAUCCUCCAAGUCUCCCUGGCUCCAGGAAGCUCCCAUCCCUGCCAAGACCCCCAAGGUCUGCACAUCUCCCAAAGCCCUACAACGCGGAGAAAAGGCAGCGCAUCGUGUACACCCACUGGCAAAAGAAGCUUCUGGAAGCAGCAUUCGAAAAGAACCAGUACCCGUCCCAUGGCGACUGCGUGAGCUUGGCAAAAAGGGCCGACAUCACCCAGCCCCAGAUAAAGAUCUGGUUCAAGAACCAUCGAGCUAAAAUGUCUAAGCUGCAACGCCAGCAGCAUUCAGAAGAGGGCCCCUGGGUGAGUCGCCAAGGAGCCUGUGCUGCUGUUGCCAGUGCUGGGCCCUCCUGCCCUGGAAGCAAUGACCCAGCCUCCGUCCCUGCCAGUGCAGAUGCAGGGUGCCCGGGGCCCUCUGGCGUCAUCUUCCCAACACCGCCGCACAGCUCCAGCAGCGUGGAUCGAGACUCAGGUGGAUACAGCGCUAGUGACCAGCAGAGCGUCUGGGAUGAGCAAGUGCCAGGUAGAGCAAAGGAUGGCCCAGUCCGCCCAGCAACUGCCACGUCCCAGCUGCAAGACCCUGUCGUGCAGGAGCAGCUGGAGCCCCAGGCACAAGCCCUUCGCCAGCUCCAGAUGCCACCCCCGAUGCAGAAGCAUCCGUUGGCACGAGCUUGUGCCUGUGUGCAGUCCUCCCAACAUGCCAAGAGGAAGGGCCCGGCCCCGCUGCUGCAGGAGGCGCAGGAGCAGAUGACCAAGCAGCCCCUGAGCAGCUCUGGGAGGAGCUCAUGGAAGACUUGGACAUGCCCCGGGACACUGACCUCACCAAGGUCUUCUCACCCCAGGACAUCUUCUAGGAACCUGCGUUCUUUGGAGGAUAUCGAUUUACAGGGAAGACGUGGACUUGAACACCAAGACUAG